AUGCGCUCGCGGAAAGCACCCAAAUUAUCCCUUAUCUUCGACGAGGAAAAACGAAGAGAUUAUCUCACUGGAUUUCGGAAACGGAAACUGGAGCGCAAGAAGAAGGCGCGGGAAGCUGCUGAGGCUCGGCUGGCUGAAGAAAUCAAGGCGAUAAAAACUAAGUAUAAGGAAGCUGCUCGCGCCCGAUUGGCGGGAAUAAAAAUGCCUGAUUUCGGUGAUGCUGAUUUAGACACUGUUUGUUCUAGGGAAGAACAAAUUAUUGGGGACCAUUCUGUCAUCUUCGAGCAAAUUGAUAUAUCGAACUCUCAUUACUUUGUGGGAAAAAAUGAGGUCUCCGCUCCUCAUCCGGACUGCUUAUCACCCUCCGAUGAAUUCCGACCUCCGAUGUCUCUGAAGGCGGCUUUGAAGAUGAAUCCGAAGAAAACCUCUAAACGACGUCUAACUAAAAAAAGUCAGCACAAAACUGGUAAACCUUGCCACAAGCGGAAACGAAGCUGA